GCGGGUUUCAGAACAGAACGAGUCAAUAGAGGUAAUAGAUAUCAACCUGCCAUCCCGAGAUAGUCAGCGAACCAUUAUGAUAGUAACCCAGACCCAGGAUUUCGUUAGGCCUCCCGCUCUUGUAUCGGCAGAGCCACCGGCGUUUGUCACCAAGGAUGAUGCGAGUGAAGCCCAAAGCGCCGAGUCGACGAUAUAUGGAGGACACAAUCCGACGGGAGGAAUGGCGGCCAAGAUGCAGAGCGCGGCCGAUAAAAGGGAGCAUGCUCGACGAAGUAGCAUGUGAAGUGUUCGAAAAAGAAAGGAGAAGGGAGUAUGUGCUCGAGGAGGACAGUACGAUACUUGAGGAAGAACUAUAGGGAAUAUUUAAUUCGGGGAGCUCUGUAGUUACUUUGAAUAUAGUGGAUAUGGCCGUAUCAUAACACCGUAUCUAAAGAUAAUCCUAUUCCGUUAGCAGACAAAACAUAAGAGGGAGUCGACAUAAGGCACCAAAUGUGCGAGAGCAGCACUUUCAUGAGCAAGACAAACUCACUGGACCUUUCCAGACCCUUGAAAGCUCAUACUCGCGACACUCGACUAGAUCGUUGAACAGUUUCCAUUUCUGAUUGGAUAUGUC